GGCGGCGGCGGCGGCGGGGCCUGGAGCCGGAUCUAAGAUGGCAGCGGCGGCGGCGGCGGCGGGGCCGGGCACCGGCGGCGCAGGGGCGGCGGUCCCGGGCGGCGCGGGGCCCUGCGCGGCCGUGUCCGUGUUCCCCGGCGCCCGCCUCCUCACCAUCGGCGACGCGAACGGCGAGAUCCAGCGGCACGCGGAGCAGCAGGCGCUGCGCCUCGAGGUGCGCGCCGGCCCGGACGCGGCGGGCAUCGCCCUCUACAGCCACGAAGAUGUGUGUGUGUUUAAGUGCUCGGUGUCCCGGGAGACGGAGUGCAGCCGCGUGGGCAAGCAGUCCUUCAUCAUCACCCUGGGCUGCAACAGCGUCCUCAUCCAGUUCGCCACACCAAACGAUUUCUGUUCCUUCUAUAACAUCUUGAAAACCUGUCGGGGCCACACCCUGGAGCGGUCGGUGUUCAGCGAGCGCACAGAGGAGUCCUCUGCCGUGCAGUAUUUCCAGUUCUAUGGCUACCUGUCCCAGCAGCAGAACAUGAUGCAGGACUACGUGCGGACGGGCACCUACCAGCGCGCCAUCCUGCAGAACCACACAGACUUCAAGGACAAGAUCGUUCUUGACGUCGGCUGCGGCUCUGGGAUCCUCUCAUUUUUUGCCGCCCAAGCUGGAGCGAGGAAGAUCUACGCGGUGGAGGCCAGCACCAUGGCCCAGCACGCAGAGGUCUUGGUGAAGAGUAACAAUCUCACUGAGCGCAUCGUCGUCAUCCCCGGGAAGGUGGAGGAAGUCUCGCUCCCUGAGCAGGUGGACAUCAUCAUCUCGGAGCCCAUGGGCUACAUGCUCUUCAAUGAGCGCAUGCUCGAGAGCUACCUCCAUGCCAAGAAGUACCUGAGGCCCGGGGGAAACAUGUUCCCCACCAUUGGUGACGUCCAUCUUGCACCCUUCACGGAUGAACAGCUCUACAUGGAGCAGUUCACCAAGGCCAACUUCUGGUACCAGCCAUCCUUCCAUGGAGUGGACCUGUCAGCCCUCCGAGGUGCUGCAGUGGACGAGUAUUUCCGGCAGCCUGUGGUGGACACAUUUGACAUCCGGAUCCUGAUGGCCAAGUCUGUCAAGUACACAGUGAACUUCUUAGAAGCCAAAGAAGGAGAUUUGCACAGGAUAGAAAUCCCAUUCAAAUUCCACAUGCUGCAUUCCGGGCUAGUUCACGGUCUGGCUUUCUGGUUUGAUGUCGCCUUCAUCGGCUCCAUAAUGACAGUGUGGCUAUCCACAGCCCCGACAGAGCCCCUGACCCACUGGUACCAGGUCCGCUGCCUGUUCCAGUCACCACUGUUCGCCAAGGCCGGGGACACGCUCUCAGGGACAUGUCUGCUUAUUGCCAACAAAAGACAGAGCUAUGACAUCAGUAUUGUGGCCCAGGUAGACCAGACGGGCUCUAAAUCCAGUAACCUCCUGGAUCUGAAAAACCCCUUCUUCAGAUACACAGGCACGACGCCGUCGCCCCCGCCCGGCUCCCACUACACGUCCCCGUCGGAGAACAUGUGGAACACGGGCAGCACCUACAACCUCAGCAGUGGGAUGGCUGUGGCCGGGAUGCCGACCGCCUACGACCUGAGCAGUGUUAUCGCCGGCGGCUCCAGCGUGGGCCACAACAACCUGAUUCCUUUAGCCAACACGGGGAUUGUCAAUCACACCCACUCCCGGAUGGGCUCCAUAAUGAGCACGGGGAUUGUCCAAGGUAAUGGUGGGCCGUGGGAGCGGGGGCCCGCGGCCGUGAGUGUGCGGACCCCCGGGCCGCCCGCCCGCCCGCCCGCCCGCCCUCUCGCCUGCUCGCUCGCGCUCUCUGCCUCUGCCGCGGGUCUGGGCGGGCGGGGGGCGCAGGGCCGGCCCCUCAGUGCCCGUGCCAUCCCCCCUCCCCCCACAGGGUCGUCGGGCGCCCAGGGCAGCGGUGGCGGCGGCUCCAGCGCCCACUACGCAGUCAACAGCCAGUUCACCAUGGGCGGCCCCGCCAUCUCCAUGGCCUCCCCCAUGUCCAUCCCGACCAACACCAUGCACUAUGGGAGCUAGGCCCCUCUGGCGCGCAACAGACUGACAGCACCAGGAAACCAAAUGAAGACCCUGCCCACCCCCCACCCCCGCCUGGGCGGCUUUCCCCCCUGGGCCGGAGAAGCCCAAACACCCGGUCACGGCCCUCUUUGCUAUGGGAACUUGGACACUUUUUUACACAACGUUGCCGCCGCCGCCCCCACUCCACCGCCCACCCGCAUCUUGGCCCUGAGCGUGUGUCGCUGCCAGAUUUUACACAAGAUCCUGUCGUGGGAGCCGUUUUCCCCUCCUGCCCUCCCCCUGACCUGGGUUUGACAUCUUCUGUAACAGGCGUGUCCAGGCCUGACAGCUGCAGGCCCGGCGGGGAGGGGCGGGUGGGGGGAGUAGCUACCACCCACCUGGUCCCUUGGCGCCUGCCCCCCUCCCCCGCCUGUCUCCAGUGGGGAAGGCAGGCCUGACUGGGCGGGGCCUUCCCUUCAACUACCAGGCCUUGGUCACAAUGGGCGUGACAUGCUGCUUUUUUUAAUUUUAUUUUUUUACGAGAAGAACCAGUGUCAAUCCACAGACCCUCUGAGAAAACCAGGCCGGCCGGGCCGAGCCAGCAGCCCCUCUCCCCCCACUCAGAGGCUCAGUGGUGAGGGGCAGCCCUGCCGAGUCUUCAGGACAGGGGUGGGGCCAGGCCUCUGGAGACCCGAGGCCCCCUCCCACCAAAGGGUUCACCUCACACUUGAAUGUACAACCCACCCCGGCUGUCGGGAAGGCCCUCCGUCCUCGGCCCCUGCCUCUUGCUGCUGUCCUGUCCCUGAGCCCCUGCAGGUCCCCUCCCCCACCCCUGCCAAGAGUUAGAACAGGUGGCCCCACGGGCCCCAGGCCUGGAGGGAAGGGGCACUGUCAGCCGCUUGGGGCAGACAUGAGAAACCUCAAGGAUCCAUCGUGGAAGGCGUCCUUUCUCCUUGUAGCUCACAUUAGGCCUGUGUGUUUCCCUCAACAUUUGUAGACGCUCCAGUCCCUGUUACUAUGAUGGCAUUUGGUCCCUCCCCAGCCUGGGAAGGGGCCUUGCAGGGACCUCCGCCCCCCCCCAAAACAAAUAAACAAGGAAAUGUAUGUUUCA